AUUAUGAAGUUGUGAACUGUAAAUUGAUUUGUAAAUGCAUUACUUUGCCCAUUAAGCCCACAGUGUUGUAAAAUUGCGUAUAGUAAUUUAAAAAUAAGCAAUAACAAAAACAUUUUAUAGCACGUGAAUAACUUUUAAUGAGGGCUUAUUUCAUUGUUUAUUUUGUAAUCUUGUAUCAACUAAAGACAAUAUGGAUUUAAUGCAAAGUGCUUCAUUACUGAGUCGGCCAGCAGAAGAAUUCGGUAAUGACGGUUUAGUAGAAGAAAUGUGGGCAGUUAAAGCUAUGGAUCACGCCGAAAUUUAUUUCAAUUUGUUAACCAGUGUUCAUCCGUCCUUGUUGCGAUUAACUCCUUAUGAUGAUCAAAUUCACCAAACUUUUCGUCAGGAUUUCCCAGAUUUGAAAAUUGAUUUGCUUACCGACGAUAUACUAAAAUCGACUAAGGCCAAAUUAUCUUGGCGCCAGUUUGCUGAAAAAUUCAAUAAACUGGAAGAUUACUCGUACGGCACGCUUUUGCGAGCGGACGCUUCCAAAGAAUUCUCACCUGAAAACUCGCUGCUAGUGGUGCGCAUACAGUUUUUAGCUAUAGAAAUUGCACGCAAUCGUGAGGGCUUAAACGACGAGGUUUAUCGUAAAUUUCGACCCCCGCCAAAAAUUAUAACACGGACGACUGCUGUGACAGAUUGAAGAGAUUAUUGGAUUCAAAUUUGUAUAAACCACGAAAAAUGCAGGAAUAAGCUGCUUAUUUUAUUUUUUAAAUGUAAUUUGACGCAUUAAUAGAUCUUAUUUUAUACGAAAUACAUU